AUGGUGGAAUACAACUGUCUCUACCUGAAGAAUUUACCACGUCGUCCACGCAGCAAUGCUAAUUUCACCAGGCUACUAUUGAAUCACAUAAACCCUCACAACAAGUUCGCUAUCGAUCCAUCGUUACCUCUUCCUGCAAAUGAAACCUUUGGUAACGGCCCACUACGACUCUUGGACGAAACACUGGGCAUUAUACAGAUCUCGAGGUCCGUUCGAUUGGAGAACCAGUGUUUUAUCACUUUCAUAGACCACGAGUCUGCCAAUAGCUUUAAAUCCAGGUUUGAGCAUGACUGGAAAGUGAAGGGACGCCUAAUCGAAGUACAGUUUGCCACCAAGAACUCACUCAUGGGGCUGGCGGUAACCGAUCAGGAUCUGCUGCACCAUGUAUUGAAGAAGCGGCAGAUGCAGCGCAGGAUCGAUUCAAAUGAAGAUCUAAAGGAAAGCCGUCGGUUGCAGAGGAGACUGAGAAGAUUGAGAUGUAAGCUGCGAAAGAAGGGACUCUCCGCUGAGGAGAUCGGCAAAGUCACCGAAACCGUGAAGGAUCAGAGACCGCAGGUUUCGGAACCGAGGAAGAAACAAACGGGCGAAAAGCCUGUUGUACUGAGAGAGAAUCCACCCAACAAGGUCCUAUUGGUGCAGAACCUGCCGCGCGACACCACGGUGAGCGCAAUCACCGAGCUAUUUCGGUCGGCAGCACUCCUCGAGGUUAGACUCGUCGCGGUACGGAGGUUGGCCUUCGUCGAGUACGAAUCCAUCGAGGCCGCUGCCGCGACGAGAGACAAGCUUGGUGCCAGCCAUAGCUGGAACGGUCAUCAAAUAAAUAUAGAGUUUGCCAAAUAG